GCAUAUACAUUUCUUGCCAAAACUCAUAAACAGACAAACAACACACAAAAGCAGUUUAAAUUAAAGGGAUGGCGAAGAAGAAGAAGAUGACAAACAGUGGGUUUUCAAUCUCAGAAAUUUGCCAUGUCUUCUUCUAAACUGCUUAGGGUUUUUAAAAAAAAAUCCAGAAAAAGCCAUGAACAACCAUCUUCUUCUUCUACUGCACAAGAUGAAACCCAUUAUCAACAUGGUAUUCCUGGGAUCCCAACUGAUGGUAAAGUUGUUCUACUCAACAAUUCCAGCAAUGGGGCUCAAAUCUAUCUAAUUGGAACUCUUCAUGGUUCUAACCAGAGUGCUGAAAUUGUCAAGACGGUGAUCGAAAAUGUCAAGCCUGGUAUAGUUGCGGUUGAGCUGUGUGAGAAACGUGUGGGGGCCAUGAAUAAGCAGCAACCUGAUGAUGAUACCUGGUACAAGUUGUUCCGCAAAUCCAUGAGAGCUCCAGGUGGACUGUCCAUGAAGAUUUAUAAGUUUAUGCUGAGUUGUCGGAGGCGCCGGUUGAACGCAUAUGGUAUAAUUCCAGCCCUGGAGUUCAAGGUUGCAAUGGAAGAAUCUGCUAGAGUGGGAGCAAGUUGUUUCUACAUUGAUCAAGAUAUUAAUGUUACGCAUGAACAGUUAUCUAAAGUACCCUCAUUUGACUUGCUUUGGAAAGCAUAUCAUGAAUCUAGAUUAAGUGUUCAUACUGAAUUCGCAGAUGAAAAGCAUACAAGAUCCUCUGUGCGGGAAAGUAGUGGCAAACAGAAAAAACGUUGUCCAGAUAUUGCUAAGGUGAUGAUUGAAGAUAGAGACAAUUUUAUGUUUACAAACCUUAGAAAUUUUCAAGGAAAAGUUGUAGCUGUGGUUGGGAUGGCACACAUGGAUGGAAUUGAACUAUUGUGGAAGCGAGCGGAGGAGGAAGACGCUAGCAAAUCGCCCGUUAUAUCUGAAAUUGAGGGUUAGCCAUGGACAUUCAGGGUAGGGUGGAUACAAAUUGUUUAGGGAAAGCUGCAGCCAAAUGUUUCUUCAAACAUGAAUUUUGUAGAAUCUAUCGAACCUUAGGACACUGGCCAUUUUUGUAUAAGCUUUAUGGAGUUCAGACAGUUGCAAUUCAAAACGAUAUGAUCGACAAUGAAACUCAGGAAUCAGGAUAAGUCUUGUUUGAAGAUCUUGUGAGUAUUGUUUUUGUUUUUUCUUUUAGCCAAGCAACCGGCUGUGCUACUACCUCAUCUGGCUUAUAUGAGUUAACAAUUUCACCAUGACUAUUUGUGGCUGUGAUGCCAACCUAUCUUUCUUAUAAAACUGAUUUAGCAUGCAAAUGUGAUGUACGAUGAGGGCUGUUCCCAGCAGUCGGGUCUAUUUCAGUCAAA